AUGCGCGCAUCCUCACGCGCGUCCCUCUGCCGGCCGUGCGGCCUAGCGCUCGCCAGGCCACCCCGCGUGCUGCGGCGCCCGCGCUCCACUCCAUCGGCCGCGUCGGCCUCGCCAGAGGGUGCCGGCGCCGCGGCCGCGGCGCCGCUGACAGCACAGCAGGAGGAGGACCGCUUCCACGAGGCGUACGCCAAGGCCUUCACCGUGUCUCAGCUGUACAACGUAAACCGCCCGCCGCCGGUGCCGCUCACCGAAUACGAGCAGCGGCGCAAGCGGCGCGAUGCCGAGGAGAUCCUGGCGGCCGCCAAGAAGCAGGGGAAGGCGCAGGACGCAGUGAAAGAGGGCCUGCAGCAGCUGGAGGCGCUGCUGCCCGAUAUCGUCGACCUCAACAGGAUGCGCGCGCGGGACUGGGUGGGCCUCGCGCUGGACGUCAAUGGGGUGGCUGCAAAGCUGAUCCUCCUCAAGACCCUCUACCCGAACGCCGACGUGUUCAGCAUGGUCACGUUGCGCCCGAAGACGCUGCUGCAAUCAGAGGCGGCGAUGCAGGCAGACGGGGGCGAGGUGCUGCGGCUGCUGUCUAAGGCAAAGGAUGUCUGCGCCAUCGUGCAGGCAGUCCCUGAGCUCACAGAUCCCACCCAGCUGGGCCGCUCCCUGGUUUGGCUCCGCGCCGCCUUCCCCGGGCAGGACCCUGUGGCGCUGCUGCAGGAGAACCCCUUGAUCCUCCGCAACAUCGGAGAGUCCAAUGUCGAGGACAGCGCGGAGUACGGGGAGAUGACGACAAAAGAUUGA